GUGCACGGGGUUAGCCAUGGCCUCGUGGAGGAACGCCCUGUUAAGGCUGUGGCCAUUUAGGAGUGAGAACAAUGACAGCUCUUCCUCGCAGUGGGGCAGGAAGACCGAGACAAGGAAGAUAGCGAGGGCUCUGGGGCCGUGGGAGGCUUAUAUGGUGACCGUGCAGUCCAUUCUGAUCUGGGAGAGUCCGGGGACGAGCGCCCUGGCCGUGGUGGGAGUGAACGUCCUCUUCUGGUUGGUGGUGUGGAGCGAGCUGCGUGUGUACUUCGUGGCGAGCGUGGCGGCGCUGGCGGUGUUCCUGCACCAGCAGUGGGUGCACACCAUCUGGCCCGAGAUCCGCGUGCCCAAACCCGAGCCCGACGACACCGAGGACUGGACUCCUGUGCAUCCGAGUGUGUUGUCUGUGCCCGAGAUCAGCCAGUACGUGGAAGGUGCUUGGCGAUGCCUUUGCGACAACUACACGUGGCUGCUGCACCUGCGCCGCGUUCAGCCCGCCUUGUUUUGUGCAAUAGUGUCUACGGUGCUGAGCGUGGGUGCUGUGGUGGGCCACUUGGUGCCUGGUGCUGUGCUGGUGUACAUCCUGCUCAUGCUGGUGAUGACGGGCCCGGGGAUCCUGCUGCACGUGUUGCCCGACUCCUUCUACGAGCGCCUGGCCAAGAUGAGGGCGGCGCUCCGGGGGGAGGACUCGGAGAUGGAGAUCUCCAACGUGUCUCUGGACAGCGACCUGACGGAGUUCAUGCCGGAGCUCCAGUCCGCCGAGGCUCAGGCAGCUCUGGACGUGCCCCUCAUGAGCCAGGAUCCUCCAGAGGUGGAGCAGAUGGUGGAGGACGCCUACCUGCAGGAGGAGUCGGAAAGGAGCACGAGGAAGAGGACCAAAAAUACUGGCGGAGGCGAGAGAGGCGAAGGGGCCCCUGCCGCUCAGGGACUGACCUUGCCUCUCAGCUCGGAAGAUGGAAUCAGCUCUACAUUUUUCACAAGUGGACUUCCUGAGGAUUUCCCUUCCUAUGACCAUGACAGCGUUGAGGAUCUUGAUGGUCCUGAUAUAGAGCUUCCUGACCUCCCCAAAGUAGUAAGGGAGCCUGUCCCAGAAAGGCAGGGCACCGGUGGGGAUAGAUAUCAAAUGGAGUUUGUCUCCUCACACUUUGGUGAUAGCAGUGAGGAGGAGGAUGCCUUUUUAGAAGGAUUAACCUUCGAAGAAAGGGUCCAGGCAAGGCCAGAGCCCCGGGCACAGCCCUCCAUCCCUAGUCAAACAAAUACUUCGCCGCCUAUGGAUCCCAUAGGCCAAUUAAUGACUAGCGUUAUAGCUCAAAAUGCAGGCAAUGUUUUAUCUGCUCUUGGACAGAAUUUAAUGACAUCUGUGAUAGGGCAAGCAGCAGCACAGGCCCAGCCGCCACCCCAAAUGAGCCAGCAGCCAAGACGAACGGCAGCAGAGCCAACAGCAAGAAUGACAAGGUCACAAGACCGUCAGCAGCAAUCGGUGACAGAUCUUGAGGAAGACUUUGAACUUAUUUCUGAUGAAGAGUUCCAGUGAUUUAGUGUGCUUUGGACAGGCAUGUGUAGCUGAAGAAAAAGAUGUCAUAAUACUAGAGCAACAAUAUUUUGGAGCAACUACUCUCUUAGAAACAUUCGUUUGAAGAAAAGUCCUUUAGUUAUGAUAAAGCUAUUUUUUCUUGUAUUAAUGCACCGAUAGUAUGAAAUUUUUCAUAUCAAAGUGAUGGUGGCCUUAAUAAUGAUAUCUCAAGGAGUACCAUUCUUACAGUAUAACAGUGUUUGUUGCUGUAAUGUUUUUACUUAAUUAAAAAGUACAGCUAGGAAAAGAAUAGAAGUUACCCUCCAUUUUGAUUCUUUAUCUCCCUUCUUUUAAUUGCUAUUGGUACUCAGGGCAAGACCGUGCUGAACUAACUCUGCUUGAGAGGUUGAACAUUCUAGUGAAGUGGCCAACCACAGUAGUUGUUACUUUUUGAUCUUUUGAGAUCUCAUUCCUAAAGAGUAACUUACCUGUCCUUUGCCAGCCUACUCCCUUGGAAUUGUUGUUGAUGUGCACAAAUGCAAAUCAUUCAGCUGUCCUGUUUUACAGUUUCUGAAAUUCACUGAAAAGCCAAAGGUUUACAGAUAUGGGAAUAUGCACACACACACACACACACACACACACACACACACACACACACACACACACACACACACACACACACACACACACACACUCUCUCUCUCUCUCUCUCUCUCUCUCUCUCUCUCUCUCUCUCUCUCUCUCUCUCUCUCUCUCUCUCUCUCUCUCUCUCUCUCUCAGUCUUAACCCAAUUGGCAUGGAAGGCAAUACUAGCCAUGUCAACUAUCAUGUUAGUUUCUUAGCUGUCUUUAUGCACAGGUGGCUCUAAAAAUGCUAAGUCACCAAGGAGUCAGUUAUUAUUUGUACCUCUUUCAGCUGUUUUCCAUACUCCUUGGAAAGCUUCUUUUUUACUAUAUUUUUGUCUUUAUUGUUAUUAGCUAUCAUUAACAGUAACAGUUUUGAUGUUCAAUCCUGCAGAUUCAAGGAAUAGGGAAAUUAAAUGUGGUCACUGAUUGACUCAUGUGGUACCUUCUGUAUGUAACAAAUUUCACAAAAAAAAAUCCAUUAGACAGUACAUAAACUUGAAGCAAUUGGGUUAAUUACACAUUCAUACACACUCACUCACACUCUCAUGCUCAUGAUCAUGAUAUCUUACAUUUACCUUUACAUAUUCUCUCUCUCUCUCUCUCUCUCUCUCUCUCUCUCUCUCUCUCUCUCUCUCUCUCUCUCUCUCUCUCUCUCUCUCUCUCUCUCUCUCACUCUCUCUCUCACACACACACACACACACACACACACACACACACACACACACACACACACACACACACACACACACACACACACACACACACACACACACACACACACACACACAAACAACAUAUAUACAUAUAUGUUUAUUUAUAUACACAUAUGUAUCUUCAUAUGUGUUCAUAAAUAAUGCAUCUUCUCCUCCUCCUCCCAUCCUACUUUCAUUAAGCAUAUUCACACUUGUGUGUGUGUACAGGCAAGCUUGGAUAUUUUUGAAAAUUAGAUUGCAAGAAAGAAAGAAAAAAAUGCUGCUAUUUUAGAAUGGAAUCCAUAUUCCAGUCAAGUGCAGAAGAAAGACUUUGUUUAUAUAUAUGUACAUGUUUGAAAAAGUUUGUUCCAAAGUAACACAGCAUGAUGUUGGAAGGGUAUUGAAAGGAACUGUCCAUUUCUAAUAUAGUUUUGUGUGAUUGUGAAAGCAAGUCUUAUUUAUGCAUGUUUGUGUGAUUGUUCAUAUAUUUAUAUAUAUAUGUAUAUACUUGUGUAUAUGUGUAUAUGCACAUGGAAAUCCAUACAGCAUGAAUUUAUAUGCAGAUAGAUUGGGUCUUGAAUUUUAUCAGCAUUUAUUGGAAUACUGUCUGUAUAACCUGUUUAGUAAAAAAAAUAAUAAUAAUAAUAAUGAUAAUAAAUGAAAAGAAAAAAAACUAGGAUGAUCAAGUGAAAGACAAACUGUAACAUCUGUUUGUAUUCCAAUCCAUGAACGGCUAACAUUUAGUAAGGUAUAUGUGAUUGUGAAAAGGUCAUUUAGAAAUAUUUGAGAUUAUGACUAUAUGAAAGAGCCUUCCCUGUGUUUUGUUUUGUUUUUGUUUUUUGUUAAGUGUCAAGCCAUGAUUAUUUGAAGGCUAGGAUGAAAAGGCAGCUUGGAGUAUCAACCUCACUUCAGCUGAAUGCAUUCAGCAUAAUCUCAAUAAUUUUAUUGUCUUUUUUAUCGUUUCCACAAUUAGUGGUUGGAGCUUUCUGAUCACAUGCUUUUUAGUAUGGAAAUGCAUUCAGGAGUGAUAAGCUGCAAUGAACAGUAUUAGUAUUUCCUGUGGUAAUCGGAUUUCUGUUUCAGUCCGAAUUUUACAUUCUCUUUCCCCCAGUAAUUGUAUAGGGUAAAGCGGGACUCCAGGGAUUAAAAUCACUAGCUUUUCAAUUACUUAUUUUCAUUUGCUAUGUCUUCCUUAGAGUGCCCCUGUGGCAGUCACUUUCAUACAGUAUUACAUAUUCAGAAAUAUUUCUGAAUUGACAUUAAUAAGGGAGCCUUGCAACUGAAAAUUUUAUUUCAUUAUUUAUUAGAAUUCAAGCACUGUUGUUUACUUUUUUCUCUCUCUUCAUAUGUGAAAUUGUUCAGAUUUGUUUUUUAAUUUAACAUUAUAGAUCAUGCAUUAUCUUCCAAAGUUCAAUUAUUAUUUUUUUAUGGUUGGAGAAUAUGAUGAUAUCCUAGUGUGUUUACAUUUUAAAAUGUAAGGCUUUGUUAAAUCUGGUUUCCAGGUUUUAUGUGUUUUGCAGUAAGAUUGGGUUAAGGAACUGUGUCAUGGUGGAUUAGGCAGUGAUAUAAUUGUGAUUGUUUAUGUAGAUUGUGCCUGGAUGGAGUUUGAGCAAAGUGAUUUGUUUGUAAGAAAAAUCAGCAUCAAUAGAAGUAGUAUAAACCUUAGAAUUGGUUGAACUUCUUGGAGAUAGUAUGACCAAUUAGGUAUACACUAUAGGUCUUUUUGGUAACAUUUCCAAAACCCCUAACACUUUGAUACACUCUGAUACAUGUUUGCCCUUUAUGUGUACAUUAUUGGAACCUGUUGAAACAAUUUUUCAUUUUGUAUCAGAGUGUAUGCCUUCAGCUUGAUAUGGUUUGAUACACUCCGGCCAGCCAAUCAGAGCACCAUAUUUUACAGAAAUAUUUUACAUAGUCUCAGAUUGGGAUUUAUAUUUUCACUGAUUAUGAAUCACGUCGCAAGUUUCUUGAUAUAACUCAGUCAUGGUGGAUACAAAAGAUCCAAAACCUUUUACAACUUCCAUUCUUUAUAUGAAUAACAAUGUAUGUAAUAAAAAAAAAAAAAAAAAAAAAAAAAUUCAAUGUUUUGCUUGUAGUUAAAAAUCAUACCAGCAAAUUAAGUACUUUGAUUGUUUUCAAUUAACUGUUUCAUGUGAAAUAAGAUUAAAAAUAACUGCCUUUUCUCAAAACUUUGUAUGUCAGUACAAACUUCGAUGAUAUAGUGUUUUGUAGCGACCAUAACUUGAAACAAUAUAUCAAAGUGUUAGGGGUUUCGGGGUGCUACGAAAAAGGCCUUUUGUCUCUCCAGGACAUUCUAGUCAAAUGACAAAAUAGUGAGUUGAGGGAAGGCUGUUGGUAUAUUCUAGGUGAUUUUUAUUGAUAUGGCAAAGUAUAACUGCAAUUAGUAUAUCAAUAAUUAGUAUCUAGAUUUUGUUGUUGACGGAAUACACACACACACACACACACAAAAAAAAAAAAAAAAACACACACA